UUUCUAAACCUAAACAAGCAUGCGAACUUGACUAACGUGAGAGCUGAAAGCUGAAGAAGAAAAGGAUUUUAAUGUUUUGUUGACGACUAAAUUUAGUGCAUACAGAGUUUGAUUCAAAAUUAAUUGUUUUAUUUUCUAGAAAUCUAAUAUUUAUAAUAAUUCGUACUCAAUACAUACAUACAUAGUAUUGUGUAUCAUUCCUUUAAAAAUAAAACGUAGCGGUUAAAUAAAAAGUGUAAACCAGAUCUAUGUACAUAGAAGUCUCUGCAUAAACUCAGCCCAACAAGAUUAUGUCGUGGUGCAGGCUUUUGGCUUCAUCCCGGACAGUGGGUCGAACUCUCCUAAGUUCCACCAAAAAAUGCUCAACAGUCUCAAAAUCAGACCAAAUCACCGUCGUCUCAAAGAUCAAGAACUCAACCAGACUAAGCGACGAAAUCACAGACAUGGAUUUUGCCUUCGACUCGAAGCCCAGCAUCCUUGCACCAAAUUUAGGAACACAGAUUGAUUUUUCCGAGUACGGACCUACUCUUCCAAGAAGUCAAACCCUCGCUGCCUAUGUCAAUAGAUCACCAACCCUUCAGAAACUGGUAGACCUUGGAGUCGACUUAUCAAUUGUUGAGAAGAAAUUAGACAUUGCUGAGCAGAUCUUAAAACUUGAUUUUGAUCGAGAUAUUGCAAAAUACAUUCAAUUUUUCACGGACAUUGGAGUGCCAGCAGAUUCAUUAGGUGUGCUUUUUACAAAGAACCCAAACCUCCUCCUAGAAGAUUUGGAGGCAAUGCAGAAACGGAUCGACUACUUGAUGGUGUUAAAAUUUGAAUUCAAAGACUUUGAAAGGCUAGUUGUUGCAAAUCCAAAGUGGUUGAGUUUUAGUGUAGAGGAAAUGGAGAAAAGAGUUGCUUUCUUCCAAAAUGAGUUUAAACUGAACCUUCCUGAGUUCCGUAAACUGGCAUUGACCUGCCCUAAACUUAUCACCAAACACAUAAAGGAAAUCAGGGCGAAUUCGUUUUCCAUCAUCGUCGAGAUGGGAUUUACCAGCAACGAACGCAAAUCCAUGUUGAUGCAGAAGCCCCGCAUCUGGACACUACCCAACAAAGACCUGGUGGAGCGAUUCCACUUCCUGCACAAUACGCUCAAGAUACCACACAAGCAGAUAGUGAAGCAGCCACACGCGCUGCUCGCCCGUCUCAACUACGUUCGGCAACGACACUUUUUCUUGCACAGCCUCAGCAAGGCUCAAUAUGACCCGGCGCUUCCAAAUUACGUUUCGCUUUUAGCCCUCGUGUCGGGCAGCAGCGCCGAAUUUGCAUCCAACGUCGCCGGCUCCUCUGCCGACGACUUCAGCCGCUUCUUGAAGACCAUGUAGUCGAUAAAUGCGCGACAACGCCUCGGCUCUCUUUCUCUGCUUGCGAAAGGAAACACACACUCGACUCCCUCGGUCUGCCGAGCCGCUGCGCCUAAUUGCCUCGUGUCUUUUAAUUGCCGGCCAGAAUUUACAUUUUUAAUUGCCGCACUUAUUUUCAAUGACGACACGCCAAAAUGAUCAUGUAGAACGAAAUCCUCAAUAAAACUUAUUUUAUUCCAAAA